AUGAUUGUUGUCGUUUCCGCCACAUCGAUGGUGUCAGAACGGCCAUUACAUUGGAUUCUGAAGGACGACAGGUUGGCCACGCGCAUUGAUUGUAUCGACGCCGCGUUGUCUGCCGAGACUGACCGCAUCCUCGGCUACAGCGACGAGCUCAUCGAUGUGUUUUCGUCGUUGUGUGGUGCCGCUGCUCACGACGUUCGAUCCCGUCUGGUCAAAUCCGCCAGCGUUCAGGCAGGCUACAUCAGUUUCAAGCUCCGCGAGUUCCGUGGUUAUCCUUGGUGUCUCUGCAGGGGCGACAUAUCGGCCAACCUCGAUACGCUGUAUAAUUUGGCAGAUCCCCCGAAGGAUGGGGCCACUGAAAAGCUACAUUACUGGAUGCACAUUGGGUGCGACCGUUCAGAGAUCAUACGGGUCGUUGAGCAGCUUUCCAAGGUCAGUUGUUCUUCCAGGUGUGUUGAGCAAGGGCGCCAGGCCCACACCAUGGCUUUGCGAUACCACCCCCGCCAAGGCCCUUCCAUGUUAGCAUCCCGCGCAAUGGUCCACCAGUGCAAGCCGCUCUUCGGGGCGUGCCCCAAUAGUGCACAGAUCGACGCCUUGCGGGCCCGAUUGCAGCGACUCCGAAAGCAUCAACCUCAGAAUAUAACGCCCCGGCAUGCCUUCGUGUCGGCUCUUGCGGGGCAGGCCCGGGCGUGGAAGGCAGAGGGGCGCCCGAUGCACCGAUUUGCUAUUCGCACCAUUUUCCAGAAGCACGGUGCCAGAUGGAGGGCGCAGAGCUUGUUGGGAAGGGCACAGUUUGGCCCUGCGGCCGAGCGGCUCCGGCAAUCUUCUAUCGACAAGCGUAAAGCGCUCAGAGCGAAGAUCAAAGGCCAGAUCGCCACGUUGGAGAAGGAACGCGAGAAACUAUUCAAGCAGGGGGAGGCGUCCGUGUGCCUGGGCAUGUGCAGGUUAUCAGAGACUGACGUGGCUCGCUUUAACACUUUCUGCGAGGGGAUGGAGCAUGGGCGCGACAUGAUCUCCGACAGUCGCAAGCGCGCGGUGGCUUUGGUGGGCGACCCCCCCGAGUCUCGAAAGAAAUUCUUGCAAUCGCUCUCCCAACGCGGGCCUGCCCCAGAGGGUGGCCCCCUAUGGCAAUCGGUGGCUGCAGCCAACCGGAAUGAGUUCAUGGACACAGUGUGGAAGUUCCACGUCGACGGCGUGGAUAGAUAUUUCAUGUUCGUGUUCGCCCUCCAGUCGCCUGCUUUGGUCUGUUUCUCCGAGUGCUACUUGCAGGAAGACGUCCCGGAGCCAUGGCUCGGGGCAGAGGUUUACCAGGAUGCACAACUCCAUGUCUGGAGGUGGACUUUUACAUGGGGGAGCACAUCUUUCGUCUUCUCCGACGACGCUCUUCUUCGCGACGCCACGAACGUGAUGGUUUUGCAUGACGUGUCCAGAGGGAGAGGCGGAUCCUUGCAUUCAGACGCGGAUUGGUUGUCGAUCUCACGUGUUUGCUUUUGGUACCGAUCAGAGACAGACGCCCCUGAUCGUGCUAGGGCCCGCGCGGCCGCCCCCGAUAUUGUCUGGGAGCCGCACAUGACCGAAGAGUUCAUGUGGGAGCACAUUCGCGACGCUGUCAAGCUGCCUCGGCCCGCGCGCGGCCCUGGUGCCCCCGGGGCCGACCGAGAAGAGGCCGGAUCCAUCACUCUUGCUGAUGACGCCUUGGAUGACUUGUGGGACGUCCGAGCAGAUGUCGGCGCCGAUGGUGAUCGCGAGGACCCGUUCUACCUGACGGUGCGCGGAGGGAAAUGGUUGUUGGAACACCAUGGCGUGGCAUAUGACGGGUACAGAGGACAAGCUCGGGCGGGUCCGCCCUGCGACUUCUGUCUCGCGUCUGGCAUGGGGAAAUCGUGCACCUUGAGCGCGGAGGCGUGCGGGGACGAGACAGCAGUAACCAUCGUUCAGUUUUGGAUCGCCCGGAUGACGUUCUUCUACACACGCUGGCUGCACGAUGCCGGGGCCCCCGUCGACUGGGAGGAGGUGGCCCGCCAAUUCGUCGAGCCUGCGGAGAUUGUCCGCCUCUGUGACACGGGCGCCCCAGUCGUGCGCCAUCGCAUCACAGGGAUCCGUAGGAAGGUGCCGUUCGCGGGAGUCUGA